UCCUGGAGAUCUUUGCAAUCUUUUCUCUCAAGAUCGCUAGCAUCAAACACACUAAUGGCGAAAGCAUAUCGAACCGGUGAUUUUGUUGAAAUAUGUAGCAACGAUGAAGGUUUCUUGGGUUCCUACUUCGCCGCGAAGGUUCUCGCAGUAGGAAAGACGAAGCUUCUGGUAGAAUAUGAGACACUAUUAACCCCUGAUGAGUCGGGUUUGUUAAAAGAGAUCGUACAUUACAGAGAAGUUAGGCCUCGUCCACCUGAGAUUCCAGUCUCUGCUUUCCGUGUCUUUGAAGAAGUCGAUGCUUAUGACAAUGAAGGGUGGUGGGUUGGAAGAAUCACUUCUGUACAGGACUCCAACAAGUACUCUGUUUAUUUCUCUCAUUCUCGAGAGAAUAAUACAUACCCGUUUUUUCGGUUGAGGGUUCAUCAGGACUGGAAGAAUGGCAAAUGGGUUUCUCCUCGUUCCCAUCGUUGAAAGGUU